AUGGAUGGAAUCAACGAAGAGGAGGAGGGUACUAUCGAAUUGACAAUAUCUGAUGAAGAUGAAAAUGAAGAAAUGAAAACUAUCGAGAAUCGAAAACUAUCGAACCAACUAUCAGAUAUUGGAAGAACAACAGAACAACACUCAGAAAUUAACGAAAUGGAUGGAAUCGACGAAGAGAAGGAGAGUACUAUCGAAUUGACAAUAUCUAAUGAAGAUGAAAAUGAAGAACUGAAAUAG